AUGAUGAAACUAAAUGAUAAAAGUGAUGAUAAUAGUGAAACUGAUGAGAAUACUGCUAAUAUUAAUUUAACAUUUUCGUUAAAUAUCAAUUUUGAAGAUUAUUGUAGAAUCAUGUUAGAUGAUACCUUAAAUGACAAGAUGCAUCUGCCAACUACAGAAUGGCCAAAUGAUACUUAUUGUGAAUUUAUGGAAAUCAUCACUAAAUAUCAAUUGUCAAAUUCAUGUGGUGAUAGAUUAGUCAAACUAUUUAACUCUAUCAAGAAUGUUGAUAAAAAUUUAUUUCCAAAAAUUACCAAAGAAGGACGAAAAUUCCUUGAUAAUAGCGAUUUUCUUUAUAUGAAAUUUAAAAAAAUUCCCAUUACCAAAUUUGAAGAUGUUAAUUAUGAAUUUUAUUAUCAACCAAUAAUUAAUGGAAUUAAGACUUUACUUUUACAAACUGAUAUUAAUGAAGAAUUUGUUUUUUAA